AUGGGUCGGAACUCUUGUUGUUUGAAACAGAAGAUGAGAAAAGGGUUAUGGUCACCAGAAGAAGAUGAGAAGCUUUACAAUUACAUUACAAGGUUUGGUGUUGGCUGUUGGAGCUCUGUGCCCAAGUUAGCAGGGCUGCAAAGGUGUGGAAAAAGUUGUAGGCUGAGAUGGAUUAAUUAUCUUAGGCCUGACCUCAAGAGGGGAAUGUUUUCUCAAGAAGAAGAGGAUUUGAUCAUAAGUUUGCAUGGAGCUCUUGGCAACAGGUGGGCCCAGAUUGCAACACAACUACCAGGCAGAACAGACAACGAGAUCAAAAACUUUUGGAACUCAAGCCUCAAGAAGAAGCUCAUCAAACAAGGCAUAGAUCCAAACACCCACAAGCCGAUAAUAACCGAAAUAAUCGAGACACAACCGAAAAAAAUCGAACUCAACGACGGUACUAUUAUUCCAUACUCGUCGUCAAAUCAGACGAAUCUUCAGACAAAAGGGCUUCCGAAUUUAGCAAUACCCACACAAAUAAUCGAGCAACAACAACCGUACAAUUUUGGCGGGAAACAAAUCUACGACCCUUUAUACUUAACCGAUUUUCAAGCCAAUAUGGAACACGACUAUUACCAACCGAAUUUUCUCCCACAGCAGAGUCUGGAGGGCAUUUUCGUCAAUAACGAAAGUUUCUUCGGCUGCUCGAUGCCCGACUUGGCGAACUUCGGCUCGAUGAAUCACAACGGGACGAGAGAAGAAGGGUCGAGCUCGAGCAAUGUGUGGGGCCCGGGGAAUAAGUUGGACCCGGUUUUUCGGGUUCAGUUUAGUGGGAUUCAGAUUGAAGAAGAAAAGAAUAAGGCAAUGAGUUUGUGGCAGCAAGAAGAAGAAGAAAGGGCUCAUCAUCAAAGGUUUGAUCAAGAGAGUUCAGAGGCCUUCCCUCCUGUAGGUUCUGAGCAUGUCGGGGACUCAUGGUCUUCCACAGUGCUCCUACCCCAUCUUGGGACAUUCUGUGGUUCUUUUUACCCUCCUCAAACUCAAACCCUGCAUCUUAAGGUGGAGUUCAUAGCACCGUGGAACACCAUGAGUCCCCGACAAGGCACAGAACCUACCGAGGGCCCGAAUCUCGGCAAGACACAGAACCUACCGGAGGGAAGGCUGACGAAAAAUAUCGUCAAACGCAACUAA